UGAUUCAGCCUUGGCAUCUCUGCAGAGCCCAGCGAUGGACCAGUGCACAGAUGCACCCGCACCAGCUGUGUUAGAGGAGCUCCUGGAGAUCACAGCCCAGAGCUUGGUGCACACCGAGGUGGCUGAACACUAUGAGGUCAUCCGGGAGCUGGGCAGGGGCAAAUAUGGCCACGUGGUGCUGGUGACUCACAGGCAGAGAGGAACGCCCAUGGCCCUCAAGCUGCUGCCCAAAGCCCACACGAAGCUGCACACCUUCCUUUAUGAGUACUGCGUGGCGCUCUCCCUUGCCACUCACCCUGCCAUCAUUGGCAUGUUUGGCAUUGCCAUAGAGUCUAGCCAGUACUAUGGUUUUCUGUAUGAACCAGCACUGCACAAAGACCUCAUCUCUAUCAUCAAACCACGGGAUGGGAUUCCUGAACCAGCUGCCAAACAAUGCACCAAGCAGCUGGUGAGUGCCCUGGAGUUCAUCCACAGCCGGGGGCUGGUGUACCGUGACGUCAAGCCUGAGAAUGUGCUGCUCUUUGACCCUGAGUGCCGGCGCAUCAAGCUGACUGACUUCGGGCUCACACGGCCCAAGGGCACCAUGCUCAAACUGGUGGCUGGGGUGAUCCCCUACACUGCCCCAGAGCUGAGCAGCACCACUGGCACCCAGGGCCUGCCUAUUGACACCAGCCUGGAUGCUUGGGCUUUUGGUGUGCUGCUCUUCUGCCUCUUGACCGGCUACUUCCCCUGGGAGCAGAGUCUGCCUCAGGACCCCUUCUUUGAGGACUUCAUGCUGUGGCAGGAGUCAGGUCUGGAUGAGGACCUGCCACGCCACUGGAAAUGUCUGACAACUGAAGCCACCCGCAUGUUGCGGAGCCUCUUGGCCCUGGACCCUGCGCAGCGCAGCCCUGUCAGCGGGGCCAUGCGCUACGUUGACAGCCCCUGGAGAGUGAAAGACUGCCACAGCAAGGAGGAUGCUAGCAAGCCCUAAGGUGCCUGCUGCUGUGGGGAGGGAAGAAGGAUGUUGCCUUGUGUCCCAGCUGCAGUGUUACCAGGCCCUGCAAGUCUACUCCACGAGAACAAGGUGCCAGGGGCUCUUGGAGUCACUGUAGCAGCCCCUGUCUCAACACACUGACCAGUGAUUAUUGACCUUCCCUCCCAACGCCCGGCCUCCACUUCUGUAGUUCCUCAGUUUUUAUAGACAUAGAUUUUUUUUGCUCAGACCCUCCCUCUAGGGAAGAUGGCUUUCACUGCUUUGAGGAGAUGCACACAUGCCAGGAACAGUACCUAGGCACUGCUACUCCUCUGUUGCUAUAGAAACAGAGCUAAUUAUGAUAAACCAUCUGUCUGUGGCUCUUUCUCUCAUAAGGAAAUGUACAGGGGCUUCUCCCAUAAGGAAAUGGGGCUCCCUGGGAAGGGAAACCUGGCCUCAAGACCCAUAUCAGGAUUGCCUAUGGGGAGCAUAUAGACUUUCUUUAUGCCCAGA